GCUAGAAAUGGCAAAAUAUCUUUUGAAAAAGGGUGCUAAUGUAAAUGGUGAGAAUACUAACGGGAGGGCUGUCUUGCACAGUGCUGUCGCUAAAGGUGCGCUAGAUAUAGUGAAAUACCUUGUUGAAAACGGCGCUGAUGUAAAUAGCACGGAUAUUGACGGGAGGUCAGUUCUACACAGUGCUGUUACUGAACGUAAGCUAGACAUGAUAAAAUACCUUGUUGAACAUGGGGCUAAUGUAAAUGGCAAGGAUUCUGAUGGGGAGACAGUGCUGCAUUUUGCAGUUAGUGAAGGUACGCUAGAAAUGGUGAAAUAUAUACUUGAACAUGGCGCUGACAUAAAUUGCAAGGAUGCUGAUGGAUGGACCGCCCUCCACGCUUCUGUCGAUACAGGUGCAUUAGAAAUUGUCGAGUAUUUAGUUGAGCAGGGUGCUGAUAUAGCACUUGAAAGUAAAAUCAGCGCUCAUACUCUUGGCACUGACAUCAUGAGAAUGGCUGUUGUAAACAAUUCAGUUGCUUUGGUCAAUCUCCUGUUGCAAAGAAAAAUCGUUGUGUGGAGAGCUGGAAAAUUGCUUGUCGAAGGAAGGCAAAUGAAUCUUCUUGAAUGGAGUAUUUUCCUUGGGCAUGAUGAAAUUCCGACUAUUCUCAAAAGGUCCGUAAAACAUCGUGAAAAAAUUCAGGUGUUGAAAACAACGAACUGCAACCAGUUAGAAAAGAUGGAAAUACCGAUGCAGGCUUUUCUCGCAAAGAGUCAAUUCAAAAUUGGCGACGGUUGUGGUGGUUCACGUGUCUAUGUUGGUCUCAUGAAGGAUGGAAGUGAAGUUGCUGUUAAGAGAAUCUUGGUGCAAAGUGAGGACAAAACAGUUGAAAACGAAAAGGAAAUCAUGAGUCUCAUUGAGACGGAAAACUGUCCAUUUAUAGUGAGCUAUCGUUAUUUUCAUUCUGACGAUGACUUCAUGUAUCUUAUUGUUGAUCUUUGCGAGGAAAACUUGAGGGAACUUGUUCAUGCAUGCAGUAUUAAGCAUCUACAAGAGCAUGGUCCACGAAUGAUUAGGGAAAUUCUAUCAGGACUUGAAUUUCUUCAUGGUAAAGGAGUAUUGCACCGAGAUUUAAAACCUUCAAACGUCCUGGUUGAUAUCGAAGGUCGCAUGAAGUUGGCAGACUUUGGAAUAAGCCGUGUCCUAGAAGACGAUCAAACGACAGUUCAAACAUUCGUGAGAGGCACUCCUGGAUGGAUGCCAUCGGAAGUAACUCAAGCCAUUGAGAAAAAUGAGAAAUGUCGUUUCAAAAGGAAAUCAGAUGUCCAGGUCGCGGGCAUGAUUGCUUUCUACGUCUUAACUAAAGGUGAACACCCUUUUGGUUCUUCCUUUGAUCGAAUGAGAAAUAUUUCGGAAGGGAACUCUGUCAGUUUGAAGAAACUUGGUGAUCGCAAAGCUCAAAAUUUUGUGUCGUGGCUGAUCAAUCAUAAAAUUGAUGAGAGACCUUAUGCUCACGAGGCGUUGAGGGAUCCUUUCGUUGAUGAACAUUGA